UCGGAGUCCUAAAACCUUGCGUCCGAGCCCAGACCUUAACGCAAAGAGCAAGGAACAAGCGGAAAUGAUAAGCAAGAAACUAUCCUGGAUCGUAUGGUUUGAACUCUGGCUUCACCUGAGUUCUUCUGCACAAGAUCUGCCAAAGAAGUUGAUCGCAGCUGUGGGAGAAUCCGUGACUUUCCCUCUGGAGAUUCCACCGUCAUUUCGGGAAAUUCUCUGGAACAAAAAUAAAGUCAACAUUGUAACUGUGGAACCAGGGUCACCGUGUCAGCUUUUGACAUUUGGAGACUAUCGAAGGCGGCAAGUGAAUGUGUCCAAGGACUGCGGCUCCUUAACAGUCACGGAGCUGCACAAAGAAGACUCUGCGGAAUACACAGCCCAGAUACUGGUCCCUGGACAACAGUCUCCAGUCCUGACAUUUCACCUGCAGGUGUACAAGCGUCUCUCAGAGAAGGACCUGGAUGCUGCCUGUGCCAAGGUAGUUCCUGGCAGUGGGAAUGAAACUUGGCAGCUGAACUGCUCUGCAGGGACCUGGGAAGAGGGUGUGGAAUUCAGCUGGACAUCGGCCAUCCAGAGCUCCUCCGGGAGGCUUCUUGUCAUUCAACGCAACCUGCAAGAGAAGGACCUGAAUGCCACCUGCACAGCAAAAAACCCCAUAGGCAACACCUCCAGGACAUUCUCCCUCAGGAAUACUUGUGUUGCUCCUGGGUACCCAACGACAAGACCUACGACAAGGACCACUACGGAAUCUGGAAAAGACAAGAGUCUGGAUGGAAUAAUAGCUGGCAUUGUAAUAGUAAUACUUGCAUGCAUCGGAGGAGGCGUUGUUUGGUGGUGGCAGAAGAAGAGAAGAGCGUCGCCCACGAAGUCUAUGAGUCUUACCAACUCAGAGCCUGAGGAAGCCUCCAGGAGGGUUACUGUCAAACCUCAACCUUAUUCGGAGUCAAAUAGAGAUACAGAGAAGCCUCAACAGAGAAGAGCACCGAAGACUAAGAGGGAAGAACUCCAAACAGUCUAUGCUACUGUUGACCACAUAGGUCAGAAUCCUAAACAAGAGAAAAAUGAGGAGAAGAAGAAAGAGAAGAAGAAAGCCGCGGAGACUACUAUUUACUCAGAGAUCAGACCACAAGAGGCACAUGAGACAGAGGACCAGAACUGCAGAACCAUCUAUGAGAAAGUGAAGGCUGUAAGACCGACUGAACCAUCAGAAUAUGACAAAAUUCUUUAGUCACUCUCCAGGUCACGGAAGGGUGGAGGAGACGCCCAGCGAUGUCUCAAGAGGCACAACCAUCUCGCGUUCCAGCCAACGUCCGUCUCACCCGCUGCUUGUUGUCUGGUGCUGCCUAUUUAUUAUUUUCAUUCUGAAGAGCAGCCAUGGGAUGGGAAGGAAGGGGAUCGGGGCCAUGAGGAGGGGGCUUAACCAGACCACCUGCUCAAGCUUCCCUCCAGAGGCAAAAGAAAGGGAUGGAAAAUAAGGCUAGGGACGGAGGCAGGGGGGCCCUUACAGGAAUUGAUGGUGCAACCGCAUCCGGACCGCCAUGUACAGUUUUUAUUGUUUAGUUCGUUAGUUAGCCAGUUUGUAUGCUGCCCACUGCCAAAGUCUCUAGGCGGUUUGCAACAUUAAAAACCAAUCAUUUUCAACAGCUAAAACAAAUAAAAGAGCAAAUUAAAAUAGUCCUAAAAACAUACCAACUAACUAAAAAGCUUGGCUGAAGAGAUGCAUCUUUAACUGUUUCCUAAAAGCCUGGCUCA